AUGGCCAAUCUCAAUCCUGGUUCACAGCAAGCUGGUCUUGGGGUUAAGACCAUGAGUAACUUCGUCGACCUCGACCCACCCGUUGAAAAAGCUCGAAAGAACUUGCACAUCUCCCAGCCGGCAUGGGAGGUGCAACCAAAAGGUGAUUCAUCACAAGGCAGUGCCAACACUAACACUGGAAUGGUCACGGGAUGGCUUAAGGCGGUCACCGGCGCGGCUGAACCACCAUCUGACGACGCGAGCGAAGUUGCCUCAAUGUACGACAGAAAGGCGCCGUCAUCCGAGGACAUUGAGCAAAUCCCACCAACUUCAUGGACAAAAGCGAAUCCGAAUGCUCCUCACCAACAUAUCGUGCAACUGCCCGCUCACUCCAUUGUUUCGACGAAUGCUCAACUCGAGAUUGAAAAGUACUGGGACGCCAUCCGCCAGGUGUAUUCUUGUCCCACCAUCAAGUGCAAACGUCAAUUCAAGACGCCCGUCCAAUUUAGAGAGCAUCUGCUGUCCUCAUCACACAUUGGUGGUCAGGUCACUUGUCCCUUGUGCUUGAAGUUGUUUGCGACCACCUCAGCUUGGGUGGCCCAUACCGAGUCUGCAAGCAAGCGUUGUGAUAUCCGCAACAGUGCCAACUUCAAUCAGAUUAUGCGAGAAAUCACCGGUGGAGUCCUAGGAACACGCGGAUACAAUGACAAUGGCACGGUCAAGUUCGUGGCACCAAAGAUUGAAGAUUGGUGA